AUGGUGGCUGUUGAUUACAACGAGAAGAAUAGUGGAAGUAGUCUCAAGUUUCUAUGUAGUUACGGCGGCAAAAUCCUCCCUCGUUCUACCGACGGGAAGCUUCGUUACGUCGGAGGUCAUACCAGAGUUCUCUCCGUUCAUCGUUCGAUCUCUUUCACAGAACUGAUGAAGAAACUGGUUGAAUUCUGUGGAUACUCCGUCGAUCUAAAAUGUCAAUUACCAAACGGAGAUCUCGAGACUCUAAUCUCCGUAAAAUCAGAUGAGGAAUUAGCCAACAUCGUCGAAGAAUACGAUCGCGUCUCCGGGAUCAAAAUCAGAGCCGUUUUAUCGCAACCGAGAUCUCAUAGAAACGAAUCGCCGUCGUCUUCAAGCGGCGAUCGAUCUCCAAAAUCUCCGUUCUCAGUCACGCCUUCACCGCCGCAUUCUCCGUCGCCGGCGUACGGAAGAUAUCUACAAUCUUGGUACUGUUCACCUCCAAGGGAUCUUCCGAGAAGAUUAUCAAAUCAUAGAUUGGAAGAUCAAUCUCAUUGUUGUGCGUGUCGUGUACACAAAGACUCUAGACUCGUUUGGCAUUGA